UAUCUUUGACUUAGGUCACAGGGUCAACCUUAUUCACGGACAACAGAGAUAAGCGUCUUUCGGAUUUCAAGCGUUCAGACGCCCCGCAAUUCCGUUACCGGUGAAUAUGAAGCAGACGACAAUGUGUUUCCGGUUUGUCCUUUUGGUCUCCAUGGCUACCGUAGUCACAUGUAACCUAAAGAUCGCCUCCUUCAACAUAAAGUGGUUAAGUGUCAACAAAGUCUCCAACAACAAUACAAUAGCUAUCAUCAAAAAGGUUUUGCAGAGGUACGACAUUAUUUCCGUGAUCGAAGUAAGGGGAGACCAUGCCAUACACGACCUUGUGCAGGCGCUCAACAUGGACAAUCGUGACGACCCGUUCGGUGUGGUUGUGAGUAAGAAGCUAGGACGUAACGUUCACUACACAGAAUCGUACGCCAUCCUCUUCCGAAUGAAUCACGUGUUCGUACAGGAAGUACACCAGUUUCCGGAUCAUUAUGACGUAUUUGCCCGGGAACCAUAUGCCGUCCUGUUUCAUUCCCUUGAUUCAAGUCCGGCCAACUUUCUGUAUAUAGUACUUCACACACAACCAACUGACACUCCCGCCGAGCUGGAACACAUGGUGUCUGCUUAUGAAAACAUCACCAACGUACUGGGGAUCCAGGAUGCCAUCAUAGCCGGGGACUUGAACGCCGACUGUCGUUACCUGUCUCACACGCGCCACGACCACAACCUUCUAUACACUGACAAUCGUUUCACCUGGCUGAUUGAUAGUGACGUAGACACCACUGUGGCUACCACCUCCGACUGCGCCUACGACCGAUUCAUCGUUACGGGAAAUGUGAAGAAUAGUGUUGUACCGAACAGUCCACGCGUGUAUAACUUCCAACAGGACAUGCACCUCACGUAUAACGAAACUAUAGCCGUGAGUGAUCAUUUCCCUAUAGAGAUGGAACUCAGCAGCUAAAGCGAACAGGACAGACCAUCCGACAGCCUGAUUAAGAUGUAAAAUCCGGGAUGUCUUAAUACAAGAUUAUGUCGUUUCCCCUGUUUUGUAGAAAAGCAAGAGAAAAUAAAAAUGUGUUUUUAAAAUGGU